UGUCUACGAUAGGUAACCUAUUCAGAAUUAACUAGCAAUUAGGCCUUAAAUGUAUAAAAACAAGAAUACAGAUACUUAUACCACUGUGUUCUUUUUAUAUUUAUUUGCAGGUGAUCUUCAUGGUGAGAACCUAUCAACGAUCCCCUGGGUCGUGCUCCUACAUGGAUUACAGCCCAGAACAAAUGGAUUCAGCAAUUACUGCUGUUAGAAAGGGAAUGAGCAUGACAGCUGCCGAAAGAUACAAAGUAAAAAUGGAAGCGUUGAGGAAAAGAUGCAAGAACAUGGACAUGAAGAGACCAUGGGGACAGACAAUAUUAACGGAAGCUGAAGAAUCUUUGUUGUGUUCUUACACCACCCAGCUUGCUGAAUGGGGCUUCCCAAUAACCUCAUUUGAGUUACGUUUGCUCGUGCGAUCAAACUUAAAAAGGCAGGGUAAAACAAUCACAAGGUUUUCUGAUGGGUGUACCCCAGGAGUAGAGUGGGCUCGGUCGUUCAUAAAACGCAACAGUGAAAAAAUAUGUUCCCGCAUGGUCUCAAACAUCAACCCCAAUCGUUCUCAGUGAAAUCCUGAAGAUGUUAACAACUAUUUUGACAAUAUGGCAGACAUUAGUAACAGAAUCUACAGACUUAUGACUUUUCUUAAAAAAUCUCGAGGGGGUUUCUUUAUUUGGUCAGACAAGCCAGAUGUUUUUGUCAUUGACAAAGCACAGGUAAUCAGAGUUCUUCCUGCAUCAGUUGAAGAGAGAAGAGGCAGGUUAAUGUUUCAUGUAACGAUUGAUAGCUUUAAUGUUGGUUAAACUGUUCAACCGAACGUAUGUUUUUUAGUGACGUUGUUGGAGAAUUUACAAAUUGGUUGGCAAAAUGAACAAUUAUGGAACUGCAUGUAACAUAACUAUGGAUACCGUAGCUAUGAUGCCCUAUUUAGGCCUGUUCCACAAUGACACGGAAACGGAACAGACGGAAACGGAGACGAAAACGGAGUAUUGUUCCGUUCCGUCCGUAUUUUUCUCGUUCUACAAUACACGGACCCGUAAGAAAUCUUGGCCAAUAAGAAAGAGCGAGCGUGACGUAACUGAAAACUACGAGUAUCAAGUGAGCUACCUGUUAAAUCGAAAUGUAUGGUUGUUAACUUGGUAAUGUAAGUCGAUUUUUUUUUUUUUGCGUUGUGGCGGUGGUAAAGUAGUCCUCCGUAUUCUCAUAUAUAUCAGGUAUAUCUUUAACCAUGAAAAUUAAAUGUUCAUCAAAAUUCGUCAUGAUGAAACCCACGUGCACAAUUCAAAUUUCAAAACAAAUCUUGUUUUGUUGUUCACGCAUAAAAAAGUAGUCGAAAAUACGGGAACCAACAUUAGUCAAAACUAAUAUCUUAAUUAACAUGAACGCACAACUGUAGCUUGACAACUGCAGUGAAUAAAUAACGGGCUCCUAUUGGUCUAACGGAGUAACGUAAACGGAAGACUUCAGCACUGCUGAGCAGGUCCGUAUGGGUCCGUCUCCGUUUGCGUGCUAUUUUAGAAGCUCUGUUCCGUGAAAUCCGUCUUCGUUUCCGUGUUCCGUCUCCGUUUCCGUGUCAUUGUGGAACGGGCCUUAGGACUAUUUUAUAUAUUUCACUCUUGUGUAUUGCUAUGUAUUCAUUAUUUUGUGUGACCAUGUUCACCCCUUUAAAAAUUCACCAUUUUCAGAAUUUUUUGCAUUGGUUUUGUGUUGUGACCAUAGUGACCCCAAUCGGUGAGGUGACUAUGGUCACAAUGUAUUAUUUUUUUACUUAAAUAUAUAGGCUCAAAAAAAUUCAUGCUAAUAGUAUUUUGAAAGCCAGAAUCAAGUACUGUGUUGUACAAAUUUUUAAUGAAAUAUAUAAUUACAUAUAACAAAUGUGGUAUGAAAAAACCAUUAAAAGUGACCAUAGUCACCCCGCUUGACGGUACGCGUUUCAAAACGAAUCUGAGAUUCGAAUCUAACUUCACCUCAGUAGACGGCACACAAUUUAAAAUUGAUUUUCGACAGCUUGUGAAGUAUUAGUUUUAUUACAAACGAAACAAUUAAAAAUAUAACUCUUAAACACUGCCCGCCCACAUGGUAAACAUGUUGUACUUGAUAGCGGCCAUUUUACAAUAAACACCGGAAUUAUGUACAAACUGCUCCUUCGUUUGAAAAAUAAACUAUAUAGAGGCCAUGGAUGGACGAGAGGGUUACUAACGGACGCGACGGAUCAUUGAGAGUUCAGUUUAAUGCUAUUCAAUGUCUAUAAGUGCAUGGUUCAAUUAUAAUUUUUAGAACUUUUACAGAUGAAAUUUUAUUGGCGUGGUCGCAUUGAAUUUUUUGGGUUGUUGACAUGUUUAGGUUAUAUUUAAUAUUUUAUUGUGUUGGUAGCCCUGAAUGGUUGAUUCAGGAGUCAUAAAUUAAAAAAUGGCGUCUCUAACCUAUUAAUGAUGUUUGUUGUGCGCGCGUGUUUUUAAAUUUUUCACGAAUUACUUGAUUAAUAUUUAAUAUCAAGGAUAGUGUAUUGUUGCAAGUUUUCUUUUUAAAAUGCUACGUAGACAAGCCCGAUUACGGCGCGAGUACUUAUACCGCAAGAGUAUUGAAGGUAAACAGCGGGCCUUCCAAGAUAAGAAAGACAGGUUGAAGCAAAGCCUGGAAGAAAACGUCCCUAUCCAGACUGACCUGCGAAAGAAUGCUCUGCAGCUGCAGAAGAAGAUAGACUGGGAGGACGAGGGCCCGCAGCGUGCGGUCGCUAUCGGGACGGAGGUCGGUGGCGGCGGCGGGACGCACGAAGACGACGAGUACCGCUGGGCGGGCGUCGAGGACCCGAAGAUCAUGAUCACCACCUCGCGGGACCCCUCGUCGCGGCUCAAGAUGUUCGCGAAGGAACUGCGACUUAUCUUCCCCAACUCACAGCGCAUGAAUCGCGGUAAUUACGAGGUGAAGCAGCUGGUGGACGCGUGCAGGGCCAAUGACGUGACGGACUUCAUCGUCGUGCACGAGCACAGGGGCGUCCCUGACAAUCUGGUGGUGUGCCACCUGCCCUACGGCCCUACGGCCAGCUUCACCAUCUCGGAUGUGAUCAUGAGGCAUGACAUACCGGAGAUAGGCACCAUGUCCGAGCAGUACCCGCAUCUCGUCUUCCACAACUUCAAGACCCCGCUCGGCCUGCGCGUUGUGAACAUCCUGAAGUUCUUGUACCCCGUGCCCAAGGAGGACAGCCGGCGCGUCAUCACGUUUGCGAACCAUGAUGACUACAUCUCAUUUCGCCACCACAUGUACAAGAAGGUGAACGGCAAGGAUGUGGAGCUGUCGGAGGUGGGCCCUAGGUUUCAACUGAAGCUGUAUGAAAUAAAGCUCGGGACUCUAGAGCAUUUGAAUGUUGCAGAAACGGAGUGGGCUCUGCGGCCGUACAUGAACACUGCGAUCAAACGCAGAUUCUUGUCGAAUGAUGACGGCUGGAACCAGGAAGACGAUGUGGAAGCCUAAUGAUAUGAAUUAUACUUGGCACAAAUACUGCCUGUGUAUUUUGUCACAUAUGUUUUUAUCUGAAUUUAAACUAAUAAUACUGUUUGAAUUAAAUAUAGACGUCAUGUUUUGAACUGAUAA